AGUAAUUGAGCGUAUUUUGAACCAAUCAAACGAGUGAGCUUCCGAUCGCUCCGCCCCUUACGUAUGCGUGCCGUUCUCUGGUGAUUAUUGGCUGCUACCUGAAGAGAGAACGGUGAUUGGCGGAGCGCUGUCCAAUCCGGGCUCGGGUGACGGUUGCUGGGCUGCCCGCUAAUGUGUGGGAUAUGGCGCAUUGGACCCGGUUUGAAAAAGGACAGGAGAAGGAUGUGAGGAAGCUGGUGUCCCGCCUGAGCGGCCUUCAAGAUGGGGGCGACACUAACUACCAGAUGGCGCUGCAGUACGCCUGGUCCAACUUCAGAUUCCAUCGCUAUCUUGAUGUAAGCAGUCACAAAGUACACAGGACUAUAGAUGGCAUAUAUGAAAAGUUUGUGAUCCAUUCAGACCUGGGAAAAGCUGAGAGCUGGAAGCACCUUACAGAGGAGUUUUUGAAUCUUCCACUUUCAAACACAGCGGGGACAAAAACAGAUGCCCAUUAUGCCAUACUUUCUCUUCUACUCUGUUUGUCUGAUUCACCUUCCAAAAAUGACUUCAUUGAAAAGCCGAGAAAAAAACAAACAGAAGAAGAGGAGCCAUUUGACUGGGGAAAAUACUUGAUGGAAGGCGAAUGUGUUGGCCUCAGUGCAGAUGAUGACACGCCGGAGUGGUCUGAUAUUAGUGAGGAGGAAGAUGACCAGGAGACACUUAGUAGGGAGGACUCUGGAAUUCAGGUUGAUAGGACCCCACAAGAUGAUGCCGAUAAGAAGAAUACAGCUCCUGUGGUAUCAUGGAAAGUUGGUGAGGCUGAUGCACGCACUUGGCUGGAGCAGCAUGUUGUCCCUCAGUACUGGACGCCUCGGGCUAGCAGAUUUUCGCACAGUUCACAUUUACAUUCUAAUCUAGCUGCUGUCUGGGACCAGCAUUUGUACACAGCAGAUCCUCUUUAUACACCUGAUGAGAAAACCUUUGUAACUGAAACACAAGUGAUUCGUGAGACUCUAUGGUUACUGUCAGGUGUGAAGAAGCUUUUUAUUUUUCAUUUAAAUGAUGGAAAAGUCACUGUUAGGAAUGACAUCAUUGUGACCCAUAUGACGCAUAAUUGCCUUAGGUCUGUGCUGGAACAAAUAGCAGCAUAUGGCCAAGUGGUGUUUAGACUUCAGAAAUUUAUGGAUGAUGUCACUGGUCAUUGUGCCGAGAAUUCAUUGCCAGGGACCCUUCCAACCACCAAGAAGGGUGCUGAAGCGCCCUUUCGAACAUACCAGGCUUUUAUGUGGGCUUUGUAUAAAUACUUUAUGAGCUUUAAGGAAGAACUUGCAGACAUUGAGAAAUGUAUUAUUAAUAAAGAUGAAACAAUAACUUUGGCAAUGGUGGUUGACAAGUUGGCGCCUCGGCUUGCACAGCUCAAAGUUUUACAUAAAGUUUUCAGCACGGGAGUUGCAGAGGUUCCUCCGGACACGAGGAAUGUUGUGAGGGCAUCUCAUCUACUUAAUACUUUGUAUAAAGCUAUCCUUGAAUAUGACAAUGUCGGAGAGGCAUCAGAGCAAACGGUAUCACUUCUGUUUUUCCUUUGGGUAGAAACUGUGAGACCUUACUUAGAAAUAGUAGAUGAAUGGAUUGUCCAUGGAAAUCUCUUUGAUCCUGCAAAAGAAUUCAUAAUUCAAAGAAAUAAAGAUGUGCCUGUUAAUCAUAGGGACUUUUGGUAUGCCACAUACACUUUAUAUAGUGUCUCAGAAAAGACUGAGAAUGAAGACAAAAUGAGUGACAAUGCCAGUGCCAGCUCAGGAAGUGACCAGGCUCCUGCCAGCAGGCAACACACCAUGGUCUCUUUUCUUCGCCCUGUACUAAAGCAGAUUAUUAUGGCUGGAAAGUCCAUGCAACUGUUGAAGAACCUUAAGUGCAAAAGAUCUAAGCAGCAAGACUCUUCAAGAGAUGCAGAUAGGAAAAGUUUGUACACCCUCUUCCUCGAGUCUGUGCAGUUGAGACUUCAGCAUGGCAAAGAUUCAGGACCUGACAGCAUUACAGAACAGCAGGUGAACAAGCAGAGUCUAAUAAAGAUGCAGUCAAUAGUGGCUAAGCACCUGGAACUGAAUGAUGUACAUGAUCCUUUACUGGCCAUCAACUUUGCAAGGUUAUACCUGGAGCAGAGCGACUUUCUUGAGACGUUUACAUGUGAAGAUAUCAGUGUGGAUAGGUCCUCAGAAUCUGUUACCUGUCGGUCAUUCGAGCUAACCCUGCGGUCAUGCCUUUACCCCCACAUUGACAGACAGUAUCUGGAGUGCUGUGGAAACCUCAUGCAGACUCUGAAGGAAGAUUACAAGCUGGUUGAAUAUCUACAAUCAAUGAGAAAUUUUUUCCUACUUGAAGCUGGUGACACAAUGUAUGAUUUUUACACCUCAAUAUUUGAUAAAAUAAGAGAGAAAGAACAGUGGCAGAAUAUUGUUUUUCUAAAUGUACAGCUGCAGGAAGCGGUCAGUCAGUGCUACCCGGAGGACAGCGCGCGGUUAUCCAUUUUUUUUGAAAAUGUUGACUUGGCUAAAAAGAAACUCCCAGUGCAUACAUUAGAUGGUCUUGUUUUGAAUUACAAGGUGCCCUGGCCUGUUGAUAUAGUUAUCAGCUCAGAGUGCCAAAAGAUUUAUAAUCAGAUCUUUCUUCUUCUGUUAUUAAUAAAAUGGGCAAAAUACAGCUUGGAUGUCCUGCAGUUUAAUGAACUUGUUAGCACGGCUGAGGAUUCUCCAAAAGAGGAGUCUGGACCCGAACAACAGCAACAGCUUCUUUCUCACUUAGUUACACCAACAGAGCCCAAGGAGCAGCAAAUCCAUCGCAUGUUUCUCCUCAGAGUCAAGCUUAUGCACUUUGUCAACAGCUUGCACAACUACAUGAUGACAAGGAUUCUUCAUAGCACAGGACUGGAGUUUCAGCAUCAAGUAGAGGAGGCAAAAGAUCUGGACCAGCUGAUUAAAAUCCACUAUAGAUAUCUGUCUACCAUUCAUGAUCGCUGUCUUCUAAGGGAAAAGGUGAGCUCUGUAAAAGAAGCAAUAAUGAAAGUAAUGAAUGUCGUGCUAAUGUUUGCAGACCGCUGGCAUGCUGGUUUUGGAGCAUGGAAGGCAGAAUCUAUCCUGAAGAUGGAAUCUGAUUUUACUAAUUGUCACAAGUUUCUUGUGAAAGUAUUAAAUAAAGCAGUCUGCAGAGGAUCAUUUCCACACUUGGAAUCUUUGGCUCUAUCUCUUAUGGCUGGUAUGGAGCAAAGUUAGUCCUAGUUCCGACAAAUGGUGGGAAGACAGCUCUGCCAUAAAUGGAAAUAAAAUGUGUCUUGGUGAUUGUGUGUGUGUGUGUGUGUGUGUGUGUGUGUGUGUGUGUAUAUUAUUGGUUGUAUAAAAUACAUGGGAGAUGCCUAUAAAAUCUUGUCCUAGUGCACAGAAAAAGCAAUGUUGUCCAUGACAACCAGUCAGAUCACUGCUUUAAUAUCCGAUCUACUCUGAGGCAAGACUUUAUCCUUGUUCCUAUAAACAUAUCCAUUAAUAAUAUAUUUAGUGUUUACUGUAUAGAUUGUACAUAUUUUGAUUUACUUUAAUACUGAUUUAUAAAUAUAGUUGUGUGUGUGUGUGUGUGUGUGUUUUUUU